CCCCCACCCCCGCCCGCUCCGCCUCCGCCUCCUGCUGCACCCCAGCCUUUUUCUUUGCCUCAGUCACUUCCUUUCUCAGCCUCUUCCUCCUCGGUGCGCUUAAGAUAACCAGGUCCGGCCGACGCUGCACCAGUUUUUCAUUGGAAAAGAAAAGGAGGCAGAGCGGUGAGUCCCCUGGGACGAUGUGACCAGGCAGCAAUGAAUGUGGAUCAUGAAGUUAACCUCUUAGUGGAGGAAAUUCAUCGUCUAGGUUCAAAAAAUGCUGAUGGGAAGUUAAGUGUGAAAUUUGGGGUCCUCUUCCGAGAUGACAAAUGUGCCAACCUCUUUGAAGCAUUGGUAGGAACUCUCAAAGCUGCAAAACGAAGGAAGAUUGUUACAUACACAGGAGAGCUACUUUUGCAAGGUGUUCAUGAUGAUGUUGACAUUAUAUUGCUACAAGAUUAAUGUGGUUUGCAUAUCAUUGUUAAUUGUUAUUUUUUUGUUUCUGGUAAACUGGAAUAUUUUCAAGUAAAAGGACAAACAUAUGAGCAUACUUAAUGUAUUUUUAUAAAACUUUGUAAACGAAAGGAGACUCAUUUUAGAAGUCUACUUUUUUUAAUCUUGAAGGGAAAUUUAUGUAUCACACUGUAAAAUAAACAAAACCCAUUAUUUUUCUCAGGAAUCUGGAAAAUAUAGGCAUUAAGGCUUUUUUGGUGGGCAUGUGAGAAUGUUUCAUAAAUCAUUCUUAGACAAUUCCUAUAGAUAUUAGACAUUCUGUGAAAGCAAGCAGCAAAUGGAAGACCAACCCCCACAAGGAAUAGAUUAAUGUUUAUGUAAUAAAAACAUGUAACUACC